GAGGAAGGAGGGAGGCUCGGCCCCAGCCGCCCGCGGUGCCGCGCUCCUCCAAGCUCCGGGCCGGUUCCCCUGAAUGAGCAGGACCUGUAUAUCAAGGACUGCUAAAGGCAGAGAGAUGCUCACCUGGGCUUCAUACUUCUUUUAGUUAAAAAAAAAAAGAAAAAGAAAAACUGGACACUUUGAAUAUCUACUGAACACUUAACAGCCCGUGCAGGUGCCAUGACUCAGCAGCCCCAGGAGGGCUUCGACAGGAGCGUGGAGGAUGCCCAGGCGUGGAUGAAGGCCGUGCAGGAGCGGUUGCAGGUCAAUGACAACACCCAGGGGCCCCGAGCAGCCCUGGAGGCCAGGCUCCAGGAGACGGAGAAAAUAUGCCAGCUGGAGCCCGAGGGGCGUGUGAAGGUGGACUUGGUGCUGCGGGCAGCUGAAGCCCUCUUAGCAUGCUGCCCCAGGGACCAGAAGCCCGAGAUCCUGGCCCGGCUGAAGGACAUCAAGGCCCAAUGGGAAGAAACGGUCACCUACAUGACUCACUGUCACAGCCGCAUUGAGUGGGUGUGGCUGCACUGGAGUGAGUACCUGCUGGCCCGAGAUGAGUUCUACCGCUGGUUCCAGAAGAUGACAGUCACACUGGAGCCCCCAGUGGAACUGCAGCUAGGCCUGAAGGAGAAGCAGUGGCAGCUGAGCCAUGCCCAGGUGCUCCUCCACAACGUGGACAGCCAGGCCGUGCUCCUGGACCGGCUGCUGGAGGAGGCAGCCUCCCUAUUCAACAGGAUUGGGGACCCCAGUGUGGACGAAGAUGCCCAAAAGAGGAUGAAGGCCGAGUAUGACACAGUGAAGGCCAAAGCUCAGGGCCGGGUGGACCUGCUGGAGCGGAUGGCCCUGGAGCAUGCACAGUACCAGGCAGACGUGGAUGAGUUCCAGCUGUGGCUAAAGGCCGUGGUAGAGAAGAUGAACAGCUGCCUGGGGCGGAGCUGCCAGCUGCCCACCCCGCAGCGCCUCUCCGCACUGCAGGAUAUCUUCAAAGACUUCCCCAGGGGCAAGGAGUCUCUGAAGCGGCUGGAGGAGCAGUCCGUGGGGGUCAUUCAGAACACAUCCCCUCUGGGUGCGGAGAAGAUCACUGGGGAACUGGAGGAGAUGAGGAAAGUCCUGGAGAAGCUGCGCCUCCUCGGGCAGGAGGAGGAGGAGAGGCUGCAGGGCCUGCUGGCAUCCAGGGGAGCCUGUGAGCAGCAGAUCAGACGGCUGGAGGCGGAGCUGGGCGAGUUCAGGGAGGGCCUGCAGAGGUUGGCCCAGGAGGGCCUGGAGCCAGUGGCGGUGGAGGCGGAGACAGAGGAUGAGCUGGUGGCCCGCUGGAGAUGCUUCUCGGCAACUCGGACGGCGCUGGCCUCGGAGGAGCCCCGGGUGGACUGGCUGCAGGCCCAGCUGAAGGAGGUCAUCGUCUUCCCCCAUGACCUGCAGCCACUCUCCGACAGCGUGGUCGCUGCCAUCCAGGAGUAUCAGAGUCUGAAGGGGAAGAGUACCAGGCUGCGCAAUGCCACAGGGACAGAGCUAUGGCAGCGUUUCCAGCGGCCUCCGCAGGAUCUGCAGCUGUGGAAGGCCCUGGCCCAGCGGCUCCUGGAGGUGACCACCAGCCUGCCAGACCUGCCUUCCCUCUACACCUUCUUGCCCCAGAUCGAGGCAGCCCUGACGGAAAGCGCCCGCCUGAGAGAGCAGCUGACGAUGCUGCAGCUGAAGAGAGAGCUGCUGGUCAGCGUCUUUGGCCCGGAGAGAGCCACAGCUCUCCUGGAGCAGGUGGCAAGUUCCGUGAGGGACAGAGACCUGCUGCAUAACAGUCUUCUGCAGAGGAAAAGCAAACUGCAGAGCUUGCUUACUCAGCACAAAGACUUUGGAGCUGCUUUCAAGCCCUUGCAGAGGAAGCUCGUGGACCUCCAAGUCAGGGUCCAAGCUGAGAAUGGGCUGCAGCGGGACCUUCCUGGAAAACAGGCCCAGCUCUCAAGGUUGCAGGGGCUACAGGAAGAGGGGCUGGAUCUGGGGGCACAGAUGGAGGCUCUGAAGCCUCUCAUCCAGGGGAAUCCCACCCACCAGCACAAAAUGGACCAGCUUUGCUCUGACUACCAGGCCCUGCAGAGGUCUCUGGAGGACCUCGUGGACAGGUGUCAGCAGAGCGUGCGGGAGCACUGCACCUUCAGCCACCAGCUGCUGGAGCUGCAGCAGUGGAUUGCCGUGACCACACAGAAGCUGGAGUCAUAUCAGGGAGACACCGGCCCCCGGGAUGCCAGGUCUCGAGAGCGUGAGGUGGAGAGGCUGGUGGCAGAAUUUCCAGAGAAGGAGGCCCAGCUGCCCCGAAUUGAAGCUCAUGGCCUGCUGGUGAUGGAGAAGUCUUCCCAGGAGGGGGCUGCCAUGGUGCAGGAGGAGCUCAGGGAGCUGGCAGAGGCGUGGCGGGCCUUGCAGCUGCAGGAAGAAAACCUGCUAAGCCUCAUCAGAAACUGGCAACUGCCGAGGAUGGAAGUGGAUUCGGGGAAGAAAAUGGUUUUCACCAACAACAUCCCUAAGUCUGGGUUUCUCAUCAACCCCACAGAUCCCAUUCCCAGACAUCGUCGCCGGGUAGAUCUGCCCCAGGAAGAUGAAGGUAGCCACGAAGACUUCACCCAGCUUCUGAGGAACUUUGAGCAGUGGCUGCAGGUGGAAAAUUCCAAGCUGGUUAGAAUUAUUGCAAUGAGAAUAGCCACAGCCAAGGACUCAAGGACCAGAGAAAUGAAACUGCAGGAGCUGGAGGCUCGGGUACCAGAAGGUCAGCGUCUCUUCGAGAACCUCCUUCGUCUUGAGCCAGCAAGGGGGACCUCAGAUGAGUUGGAAGAUCUGCGCUACCAGUGGAUGCUGUACAAGUCAAAGCUGAAGGAUUCUACCCACCUGCUGGCAAAGAGUUCUCCAGGGGAGCUGACUGGAUUCCAAAAGUUCACCCUCAUUCAUGCAGAGGGAGAACUCAAGGCAAGAGCAACAUUGAUCCAGUGUGAACCUCAGCAUCGCCUGGAAGCAUCUUGAAAACAAUCUCAGCAUCUCCCCAGACCUCCUCAGCCACAGUCUGGUGGUUGGGUUUAGGCCAAUUGGAUUUUGAAAAUUUUAAAAUGCACUCUGAGUAGAGAAACAGCAGCCCCAACAGAUCCAGGCGCUAGCAAGGUUCUAACAAGGACUUUCUAAGCCACUUCAUUCCCAACUCCAGGGCUCAAUAGAAACCCCACUAGGGUGAUUUGUUUAACAAAUAGUCCUUGGGUGUGGUGAUCUGGUUCCCAGCCCACAGUGUGGAAGCUGCAAACAAGAAGGGCAGGACUCUGACAACUCAGUAGGAGACACCAUUCUGGCUCUGCGGGAGAGAUCUAAGAAACCAGUGAGGGAACCCAGAACUCGCCACACAUCAACAAAGGCUCCUAACGAUGGUUCCGGUUUGACUAGAAAAGGGAAAGUAUGUCCAGCAUCAUCUUCUUCCAAAGGCAUAGAAGUGUACACUUCCAUUAAAAUGAU